UCGGGACGAAAGGCGGAAGGUUUUCUCCCCCGGGAGGAAGCGAGAAGAUCAAAUAAGGAACCUAAAGAUGUCGGCAGUCAUAGUGGUGCAUGGUGGUGCGUGGGCAAUACCAAACGGCCUGGCCAAGGCUUCUGUUGAUGGAGUGAAGGUUGCAGCAUGUGACGGGUUUUCAGUGCUGCAAAGAGGAGGAAGUGCACUGGAUGCUGUUGAGGCAGCUGUGAGGGGUCUGGAAGAUAACACUGUGUUUGAUGCAGGGCACGGAGCAGUGCUGAAUGCUGAUGGAGAGGUAGAGCUGGAUGCCAUUAUCAUGGAUGGAAGGACACUUGCCAGCGGUGCGGUGUCUUCAGUGAAGAACAUUGCCAAUCCUGUGUCACUGGCACGGGCCGUGAUGGAAAAGACAGCCCACGUCAUGUUGACAAGCAGAGGUGCAAACCUGUUUGCAGAGAGCAUUGGCAUGGCCACAGUUCCCACUGAUACACUGGUGACUGAGAAUGAGAUGAAGGAGUGGAGGAAAAACAUCACCUUUUCUUGUCAUUCUAGGGCCCAUGAUACUGUUGGGGCAGUGGCUGUGGACUCUGCGGGCAAUGUUGCAUGUGCAACAUCAACUGGUGGGAUCAGAAAUAAAAUGGUUGGCAGAGUGGGAGACUCUCCUAUCAUCGGCUCUGGCGGAUACGCAGACAACUUUAUCGGUGCAGUGUCUUGUACUGGUCACGGAGAGUCUAUUCUUAAAGUCACAUUGGCCAGACUCAUUCUUUCACUUGUUGAACAAGGUAAAUCACUCGCCGAUUCUUCUCAGUUGUCUCUGAAGUACAUGGGAGACCGUGUCCUUGGUGCAGGGGGUGCUAUUGUAGUUUCUCCAUCAGGACAGUGGGCAGCCACCUUCACCACAGAACGAAUGGCCUGGGCAGCAGUGGAUCAUGAUGGUCUGUGGUAUGGAUUAGAACCAAAUGAAAGACGAAAAGAGCAGUUAUCCCAAUAACCAUUUUUACAAUUUUAAUCCUCAUUUAUUCCAUAAUAUCGUGAACGGUAUUUCUUAUGUUUUUUACUAAUUCACUAUGGUUUGGAUCACUCUUAUUGGGCAUUUGCUACGGUUGUUUGUAGCUUCGUCUUUCUAAUCUGUGAUGUUCAAGUUCGGUACUGUACUGCACAUAUAGUGAAAACUAGAAGAUGGUGGAUAUUAGAGUAGAGUCCAUACAUUAGACUAGUUUUGCUUUCCCCGUGAAUUCUGGAUUGCAUAGAACAUAUGCUGAUGUAGGAUCUCUGAGUUAUUCUAUUAAAUUCUCUUUUACAUUGUGUUAGUUUUUUUUCCUCCCAUUUCUGUUUGUCAACCCGAAACCAACUCCACUCGAUUCGAAUAAGGUCCAAACAUUUUACAUGAUAUUGAUCAGCUCAGGUUUGUCAAUAAAAUGAGCUGUUAAAAUGUAUUGAUUUAAGUACUGUAAGUCUGUGAAACAUAUCUGACAUUUUCUUUUUCAUCACAUGGAUAGUUUCAUCACAAGUGUUUAUAGUGUUUUUCAAGCACUUCUGGUAGAAAUGGACUAUUUGGGGGUUGUAGACAUAACAACAGCCUCAUUCAUGAACUUCCUCUUCAUUUGGCCAGCAGCAUUUUUGGCCUUGCCUAAUCCUCUGAAACAAUGGCGGCUCAAACAGAGACACUCACUAUCUACAAACCUGAUUAAGAAUUUAAAUGAGAUAGUGUGACCAUCCCCCACUGUGAUUUAAGUCAUAGAGGCAGCUGUUUCAUAUGGUGUUGUUUCACAUUUAAAAACUGGAUUAGGACUUAAUACAAUUUUUAAACUAUAGUUAUGGGGUAGAUGUAUCAAACUGAAAUAUAUGAUUGAAAUCUCUAAAUGAAUCUAAAACAAGAGUAUGUAAAAAAGAACAUGAUUGUGGACACUAUUGUGAUUGUGUGGGGACCACACUUUUUA